AUGCAAUCUCUCAUCAAUGAGUAUAUGCUCGAUAACGAGAACGCUGAGGCAACUGCUCAAUCACUUGCACAAGCAGUAGGGCCGGAUAAUAUUCUAGAGUUCAUUCGACUUCUUGGCGACCAGCUAGUUCAGCAAGAUGACAAUGUCCGGCUGCGAGCUACAUGUUGUUUAUCGGACACCCUUAAGCACAUCACAGGGCUUAAUCGACAGCAAAUUGAAGUAAUUGGAACAUUCCUGACGGACCGUCUGGAUGAUUCGGCUUGCCUGCUUCCAGUCAGUACAGGUUUACUGACGCUGGCAAAUCUUUCGAACUUUCCGUCGUCUCUUGCAUCAAUAAUUUUGGAGCGUCUUGUAGAUAUUGAGGUGAGACGGGAACCGCAAGUCAAGCGUAAUGCCAUUCUCAGGCUUUUGGAUGCCCUCAGUAAGUUUAAAAGUCCGUCUUUUGUCAAAACCUAUGUCGAUCUCGCCUCGGGCGAAAAAGACCCAGAAAACCUUAUGCUACUGUUAUCUUUGAAUCAAAAGAUCCUCAGUAACUAUACACUGAGCUCCUCCGAAAAAGAAGACAUUUUUGAUUUGUCUUUCUGUUAUUUCCCGGUUACAUUUACCCCACCAAAGAACAUGCCCUACAAAAUUACUGCCGAAGAAAUAAAGGAGCAGCUUCGCCAAACUCUGAUCAAUCCUAGUAUCGCAGAGUAUACUAUUCCAGGGCUCAUCUCGAAGCUAACUGCGAUCAGCAUCACAACCAAAGUCGAGACGCUAAGCACCCUCGAGGCAUGUUUGAAGGCCCUAGAUGCUGGCCAGCUCCACGCUUACUGGCUUCAAGUUUGGGACGGGGUCAAGUAUGAGGUUUUACAUGGAACUAUUGAGAAUGAGACUCACGAAUCUGCCAUCAAUGUCCUUCGUUGCUUAAUUACUCAGGGUGAUGAGUUCACCGAAGUUGUUCAAAAGGAGUUUACGAAUUUGACAAAUCCUAAACUUGGCGUGCAAGUUGCACAUCUUAUUGUGGGCGUAACUGAGGGAUAUCCUAGAGAGUUUGAGCUUCUCGCAAAUGCAGCGGUCGAAACAGUUGUUGAUGGUCCGGCAAACGAACUCAAUUCAAGAGUGCCGAUCAUUAACGUGCUCUUGAAGUCAUCUUACCCAGUUCCUCAAGGAGACUCUAUUCUCUCAGUUUUACUGGCCGGUGUUGACGGUGAUGUCGAUUUUGCCAAAGACGCUAUUCAAGGACUCGGCCUGCUGGCACUGCAAAGCGUGGAGUUCUCCCCGCUCAUCAUUCAAAAACUCACGGCUCUUUUAAAUAACCCCCAAUACGAAGAAACUGCUCUUGAAGUUCUUAUCACUUUGGCAAAACCUCGCAGUGGACCCAUGGUCGAGAAUUUUUUGUCUGUGUUGUUGUCAGAACUAUCAGAAAAUUGGGACCCGGCUAACGCCCGCAUUCUCAACAUCCUUGCAAAGACAUCUGUUUCAAAGGAGCUCCUUACCAAACUAACGGUGCGUUUGUACAACCGUGCCUUGGCCUCUACAGAAACUGAUUAUGUCGUUGCAAUGCUGCAUUGUCUGGUAACCGCUGCGGGCCAUCUAGACAAGUCUGAAUUGUCCAGCUUUUACGAUACAGUUUUCCCAUUUUUGAAAGAGUUUGUUAUUUCCUCGUCCUCACCAGCGUUUCAAGCAAACAUCGCCAUUGACCAAGCCUGUCAACUCGGCGAGAUCGCUGGCCGCGCUAUUCCCUCGUCAGGACAAGCCCAGUAUGUCGGCAAAAUUCAAGAAUUGUUUACAAAAAAAACUCAUUUAUUUGGUAAACGACCAACCAACUUGAUGAGCCUGUUUGUUAGUUUUAUCGUGGCUUUGGACGAGCCUCCUCGUGUUGAUAUUAGUUUUGUGGACCUUGCAGACACCCUUUCACACUCAAAUGAUAUCUAUGAGCGUAGUGGCUAUCUCAGACUAGUUUCCGUGGCUGCGAACAAGUGGCCUCAGCUUUACGGUGAUGUUGAUUUGUAUAUUCAAUGGCUCAAAAAGAGCAUUGAGACAGACAGUCCUAGUUUGCUCAACUCACUAGAAUUGUUGGCUUGGCUUGGUCGAGGGUUCAUUCUGCGGAAUGAUCCGAAAGGGUUUGAAAUCGCAAACUAUCUUACCGGCCUGCUCGUUCACCCCACGCUUGGCCAAUUUGCAGCCAAGGUUUUUGGUGUCUUGCUGGCAAAAGAUCGGUUAUUGGUGAAAGACAAUGGUAUAGUUGUUCGCCAACUAUUCAGACAACGACUCUUAGUCGAACAACUUGAUAUCCUGGUGGAAGGAGCUAGAGGACCAUGUCGAGUGAACUACAUGAUCGCCCUUGGUGCAAUUUUGCGCUACUCACCUGCUAAAGCAUUGAUCCCUCACCUGCCUAAGGUACUGCCUAUUAUCCUGGAAAGCUUUGAUAUACCAUACGAAGCUGUGCAAUUGGCGGCUAUCGGCGCAGUGCUGGUAACUCUAUCUGAUGCCAGUAAACUGUUCGCCGCUCACCUAGAUGCUCUGAUUCCUGGUCUUCUUGCUGUUUCCAGCAAGCCUGAACUGUCUGCAACCGUUCGAUCAACGGCUCUGUCGACAUUGGCGGAAAUUGCAAACGUACUCGGUUCCGGGGCAGUCGAACCUUACCGCCAGCAGGUGAUUUCAGGCCUUGUUCCAGCCCUCGGGGACCCCAAACGAUCCGUCAGAAGACAAGCAGCACGUUGCCGCCAAGCUUACUAUUCGUGA